AUGGAAUACUAUGAUUUAAAUAAUAUAUUUAGUGAAUAUCUUGAGCAUGCGCAGGAUCUACCCGUGGAGUGGAAUAAGGAGCAUUCUGAUGAUAUAGAAGACAAAUAUGACACUAAUGGAAUGCCAUCAGUGGUUGUUAAUGAUACCCCAACUAAUCAAAACAUAAGUAAAAAUUUUGAAUCUCUUAAACAAACGCAAACAGACUCUGCAUUAUCGACAAAAAUCGUAAAACGAGCGAAAAGAGGCUGUACUAGCGCUGAUCCUGAAACCAAAAAAGGGCGAAGGUUGUCUGCCAAUGGACGGGAACGCAGACGAAUGCGGAUUAUGAACGAAGCAUUUGAUCGUCUGCGAGCUGUGAUUCCAUCCUCUGGACCAAAGCCACUUUCCAAGUACGAUACGUUACUGAUGACGCAAAGCUACAUCCGGGCACUACAGAGUAUUUUGAAUGAAUGA